AUGCCAAAGGCAAAGAGGACCGCGGGGAAAGAUAAGGGAAAACAGCCAAUGCCGAUGUCCAAAAGGACAAGGCAGAGGGCGGAGGAAUCGUCUGCAAGUGACAAGAGUGAGACAGAGGAGAUGAAGACGACACUAGUUGAGCAGCAGACUACACAGAAGGGUGUCACAGAAGAACAAGACGAGCAGAUCGCCUCCUUCAUAGAAAGCCACCCGGCGUUUUAUGACAUUACCACCGCGGACUACAAAAAUAAGGUGAAGAAGGAGAGUUGGUUGAAGGAUGUUUCUUCUACAAUUGGACUGACGCCUAAACAGGUCAUGACAAGGUUUCAAACGAUGCGAACCGAUUAUUUCAAACUGAAGAGAAAGGUGGCUGGGAAGUCUGGCCAAGGCCAGACAAAACUCACCCCUCUGCAGGACUUCAAACUGCGACGAUACGCAUUCCUGGAUGCACACUACAGAGGAAAAGUGGCUUCAAGGGAACUUGGAUCGGUUCCGCAGGUAGUUGUGAGUUCAGGCGACGACGACGACGUUGAAUUCAUCCCGGAUCAUACUACGGGGACAACUUCUGACCGCAACGUCCAUGGCGGCUGUGUCACACCACCAAAGAAGAAGAAAAAGAAGGACAUGACCGAGGUCCUCGUCGAACUACUGACUGACUCCCAAAAGGAGCUCCGGCAAUCACAAGUCACUUUAGCACAGGCUGCAGGUACUAGUGGCGAAGACGAACGGGUCUGCUGGGCACAGUGGCUUGCCAGUCUACAGAAGGACAUCCCCUCAGAGAAGUGGAGGGCGUACCAGAAGGAUACUUUCGCUGUGGCCAUGCGGUACACUACAGGGGAGGAUCAGCAGCAGCCGACUCAGCCUGCUAUAACCCAACUUCAGCCACUUCAGCAGCACCAGGUGAUUCAGCAACAACAACCUGUACAGUACAUGGCGGUACCCUAUGGCUUCGGUGCUCCAGGACAGCAGCAACUGGCUACUUUUAGAUCGGCUCAGCCACUUGUAUCCGCUACCCUGCCUACCGCUACCCCUACCGCUUCCACUUCCGCUACCAUGUCACCACUGAGGGCAGCAAUGGUCACUCUACAGAAUGCCGGCCAAGUGGAGAGCGAGAAGGAAGAGACCGCUGAAGAUUAG